UGAGAUUGUCAGCCAUGAAGGGCUACAGCACCCUCCUGCUGGCAGCCCUCACCGUGCUCUGUGUCUGUGGGCUGGCCACAGGGGGGGACAACGAUGAGUUUUUCAUGGAAUUCCUGCAAACGCUGCUGGUGGGGACUCCAGAGGAACUCUAUGAGGGGCCCCUGGGCAAGUAUGAUGUCAACGAGGAUGCCAAAGCAGCACUGGCGGAACUCAAGUCCUGCAUAGACAACCUGCAGUCCAUGCACAAGGAGGAGCUGGUCAAGCUGCUGGUGCAAGUUCUGGGCAAUGAGGAUGGUGCCUAAGUGGACCCCAGAUGUGGCUCCAAGCAGCCACAGGACCAUCCACACAGAAGCCACGAACACACUGCCCCAUUACUACUCCCAUGUGUAAAUUUACCCUCAAAUUGUCUAAUC